CGUAUGCUUUUCUCCGCUGUCAUUCACUCGGCUCCUUUCAGCAUCCAGCCAAUGGAGAGUGAGGGCCCGGGAGCAGCAGGCCUGUGGUAGCGUGAUUGAUGGGCAAGCGGGGCGGCGGGGCGCUCGCACUCGCACUCCGCCGUGCUCUGCUCCGCGCCGCUCCGCGGGGCUCUCGGCUCCCCACCGCCCGCGGCGGCGAGGGGUCCCGGGGGCACCUUCGUGUGUGCGCGCGUGUAUGUGUGUGGGUCUUGGGUGAGUGGCUCCUGGCUUGGGGUGGUUGUGUCUUGGUGGCGUGGGGGUGCUGGGUCUCAUCGGAGAGGGACCUGUGUGCGUGGGUGGGGGGGGUCGCGUCUCUGCUCUUGGAGGGUGUUGGGUCCAGGGGGUGUGUGUGUGGCGCGGUUGUGUCUCGAGUGUGCAGCUCCUCUGCCUCGGCUGGGCACGGCUGUCGUGUCCUGGGCUACGGGGUUGUUUAGCUCCCGUGCCUCGGUUGCGCAUGGCUCUGCUGUUGUGUCUUCGGGCUGAGCGUGUAGCUGUCGUGUCCCGGUUGUGCGUGGCUCUGCUGGUGUGUCUUGGGGUGCGCGACUGCUGUGCUAUGGGACUCAGCGCGUAGCCGGCGUGCCCCGGCUGUGCGCGGCUCCGUUGCCUGCCGUUGCCGUGUUUCGGGGCGGUGCGGGGCUGUGCUGCCCUGCCCGGGGUGGAGGUCCGGCCCCGGUGCCCCGGGGCGUUGUGCGCAGCUCCGCUGCCGAGACCGGGCGGCGGCGGCGGCUCCCGGGAGGCGGCAUGGAGCACCUCGGGGCUCACCACCUGCACCAAGGCCAAGCCGAGCCCAUCAGCUUCGGCAUCGACCAGAUCCUCAACACCUCGGAGCCGGGCAGCUGCAUGGUGUCGCACCCGCGGCUGCAGGACUCGACGGACUACGGGCUGGGCUGCAUCGUGGGCAGCGCCUACAACACGGUCACGGGUGGCUACGGGGCGAGCGGCGGCGCGGCCGGCGCCUACACCGGCACCUCUUGCAGCAUGGGCGGCCUGCCCGGCUCCUACAACGUGAACAUGGCGGUGAGCAUGAACGGCAACACCUUGAGCUCGGCCGGGGGGGUGAUCCGCGUCCCGGCCCAUCGCCCGGUGACCGGCGGCGUGCACCAGCCCCUCUCCGCCGCCGUGCCGGCGGUGAACGGCAUGAACAGUCUCACGGGGCUCACUUUCCCCUGGAUGGAGAGCAACAGGCGGUACACAAAAGACAGGUUCACAGUGGCCCUCUCACCCUUCACUGUAACACGCCGUAUAGGUCACCCCUACCAGAACCGCACGCCUCCCAAGAAGAAGAAGCCGCGCACCUCCUUCACCCGCCUGCAGAUCUGCGAGCUGGAGAAGCGCUUCCACCGGCAGAAGUACCUGGCCUCGGCCGAGCGCGCUGCCCUGGCCAAGGCCCUCAAGAUGACGGAUGCCCAGGUGAAAACCUGGUUCCAGAACCGGCGCACCAAGUGGAGGAGGCAGACGGCGGAGGAGCGGGAAGCCGAGCGGCAGCAGGCAAACCGCAUCCUCAUGCAGCUGCAGCAGGAGGCCUUCCAAAAAACCAUCAACCAGCCCAUCCAAGCCGACCCCAUCUGCGUCCACAAUUCCUCUCUCUUCGCCCUCCAGAACCUCCAGCCUUGGUCUGAUGACUCCACCAAGAUCACCAGCGUCACCACCGUCGCCUCCGCUUGCGAAUAAGGCUGGCACCCGCCGGUGGCACGUGCACCUUCUGCCGGCGGGGCUGUCCCCGGUGGGACCAUGGCAUCCCUGUUUGUCUCCAGGGAAGGCUGGCACCCUGUGGUCCUCCAGCCACACGUGCAUCCCACACAUCCUGCCAGGGAAACUCUCCAUGAGGACCAAAAGGAAGGGAAACCACACCAAAAACUCUCCCUGCCUGUGGAGUUGCUGGAGCAGCGGUGGUGUCUCACCUUCCCACCCCCACCCCCUGCCCCCCAGCCCUUUUUUUCUCUUGAAAGUCUCUGGUGCCAACCAUGAACUUGCUGACGUGGUGCCAGACAAAACCCCAGCCCUGACAGACAGGGCUGCCAGCAUUCACCCAGCCGGGGGAGAGAAAACUUCCUUCGGAAUCUGCUGGUGGCGGUGCAAAGCCUGGCGUCACCUCUAUAAAUCUCUGUGUGUGUGUGUGUGUGUAUAUAUAUAUAUAUAUAAAGUAUGUGUAUAUAUAUAUAUGUAUACUUUGGACUGAUGGCUUGAAACAAAAGGAGGAGGCUCCCUGGAAAGCGCGUCUCUGCCGUGAGCCUCCUCGGGUCGUCUGCGCCAGAGACGUUCGGGGAUGCAACAAAUGGAGGAAACAGCAGCAAUUUCUGCUUGCGCCAGAUGGGAACCCUUCGGAUCUCACCUCGCCGUCUCUCCUCCCCUUUUUCAUUAAUUUUUUCUUGUGAGGGGGGAAUAAGAGAAGGAUCUGACAGACUCCUGAGGACGGUAAAUAUGAUAUCUCAAUUGUAUGAAGAUCCCAAACUGUCCCUGGCUGCCACGGACUCCGUGCCCAUCAGUGUGUGUUUUAAUAACGAGAAGACCUUGGUGGCAGUUUGUGGGGGUAAUGCAGUUUCUUUCUGUGGAUUAUUUCCAUAUCAUUUGCAAAAUGUUGUCCAAUGUUUUAUUUUACCUGUUUCCCUUUAGAAGGCAAUUCCUGAUGGCAAAAAAUGGAUUUCACUCUCAACCAUUUAACUUAGUUGUUUCUUUAAUUGUACUGAGGGAAUGAGACACAAUUAAACAAAGCACUUCUUAUAGCAAAUGCCAGGAAUAUAUAGAUAUAUAUAUAUACAGUAUAUAUUUUUCAGUUACUUAUAAUCUAAAACAGCACUGCCAAUUUAAGCAGCUAGUACAAACAAGCAAUCAGAAAACCUAUUUUCAGUGAGAUUUUUAAAGGCAUUCGUUUGUUUGUUUUUUUAAGUUAUGCACUUAUAAGGUGGUUUAUGUGUAUUCAUUUUAUAAAGUGCUUGUGUAAUUUAUGUGGAAACGAAAAAGAAAAUAAAAAAAAUCUCCAGGGUACUAAAUAAAUCAUUUAAAGCCUUGAUCUUCCCUGUCUAUUAGUUCCCCGAGAGGAGACAGCGUAUCACAACUACUGCUGAAGCCUCUGCUAUUUUUUUAAAAUGAAAAUAGAGUUAGCAUUUCCAUUUGACUUUGCUCAGGUCCACUUGGCUUUGGAGGCUCCAGAGGUAAUUUGCUGUAUUUUAAUCCCCGAUCCUGUAAACAUUUUCAGGCUUCAGCCCGGCAGUGCUUUAAUCAAAGCCCUUCUGGGGGGCUUGUGGGGGGUGGCAGGAAUUGCACAGGGGCUUGGCCUUAAACUCAUGUUAAAUAAUGUCUUGAAUGAGACCUGGGAGUGGGGUCUCUCCUGGGCUGGGAGGGUCUAGAAAUAUUUGUGCCUGAAACUUUAUAUAAAAAGUGGCAUUUGGAUAUAAAAAAAUCUACAAGAGUACAUUUUAGAGGCAACCUUGUAGGGAAUUAUCCUAGGGACCCUGUUUUCUGUUCAUGCUCAGCGUUGUUCGGGGACAUCAUCCCCAGCUAGGCAAGCCUUUCUCAGAGGAAAAUCAAACCGGUGGGAAAACUCGCAUUCCUUACGGCCAGGGAAGCUGUGUUGACUUCAGCCUGGCGUUUCCUUCCAGCACUGGGGAUCACCGGGUAAAGGAUGUUGGAGGAGAGGACUGGAAAGGGCGGCCAGCCAGGAGCUGCUGGCAGGGACCCCCCGACGUGGCCCUGGGGUCCAGACUGCCUGUGGGACGUGGGUGACAAAAUACCCCAAGCCUUUGAUACCCGACGGUCGAUAUUGCUCCUGGAAGCUGGGUCCUCUGGGUGCAGCAUUGCUGGGAGCUUGUUAAGGAAGCGUAUGAAUAGCCUGCUUUAUCCAAAAUCUGUUAUUGUAGGAUUGGGCUGAAAAUUUAUGGUGCUGCAGGAUUUUCCCAUCCUGCAGUCCAACGUGUGAGGGAACACAGAGAAACAUCUGCAGCGAUGGAGAGACAAGCAGUCAAAAAAGAAAAAGAAAAAAAAGAAAAAAAAAGAAAAAAAAAAGAAAAAAAAAGAA